AUGCUCAGAACAAACCAGCUGAGAUUCGCUAGCAGAUUUUUGAGCAGCGCUGCUACCAGAAGAAUGCCAGCUGCACUCGACUCAAGCAAACUUAAGAUCCAAUCAAUCUCGAAUCCUUCGACUCCUAAAGCUAACAAUGAAUUGGUUUUCGGCCAGAGCUUCACAGACCACAUGCUGACCGUUGAAUGGACAGAGAAAGACGGAUGGGGAACACCUUCGAUCAAGCCAUACGGGAACUUGAGUCUGGACCCUUCGAGCGCUGUGUUCCACUACGGUUUCGAGCUUUUCGAAGGUCUCAAAGCGUACAGAACUCAGGACAACAAAAUCACCAUGUUCAGACCGGACAUGAACAUGGCACGUCUAAACAAAUCGGCAGCUCGUAUCUGCUUGCCCACUGUGGAUGGCGAAGAAGUGAUCAAACUCAUGGGCAAAUUGAUCGAACAGGACAAACAUUUGGUGCCCAACGGACAGGGUUACGCCUUGUAUCUCAGACCCACGAUGAUCGGUACCACGGCGGCUCUGGGCGUUUCGUCACCAGACAGAGCACUACUUUUCGUCAUUGCUUCCCCCGUGGGUCCAUACUACAAGACCGGAUUUAAGGCUGUCAAGCUUGAGGCCACCGAUUACGCCACCAGAGCUUGGCCCGGUGGCUGUGGUGACAAGAAACUAGGUGCCAACUACGCACCAUGCGUGCUACCUCAGAAACAGGCCGCAGAGAGAGGCUACCAGCAGAAUCUGUGGUUGUUCGGCCCAGAAAAACACAUCACAGAGGUGGGCACCAUGAACGUGUUUUUCGUUUUCAAGGACGCCAAGACCGGCAAGAAGGAAUUGGUCACCGCGCCAUUGGACGGCACCAUUUUGGAAGGUGUCACCAGAGACUCCAUUUUGUCGCUAGCCAGAGAAAAACUGAACCCUGAAGAAUGGACUGUGUCUGAACGUUACUUUAGUAUCCACGAGGUCGAAGAAAAGGCUGCCAAGGGUGAAUUGGUGGAAGCUUUCGGUGCCGGUACUGCUGCUGUUGUGUCUCCAAUCAAGGAAAUAGGAUGGAACGGUAAGGACAUUAACGUUCCUUUGCAGCCAGGAAAGCAAGCCGGUGCUUUGACUGAAAAUGUGGCCAGCUGGAUAGCCGAUAUCCAAUAUGGCAGAGUCAAGCGUGGUAACUGGUCUCGCGAGGUUGCAGGACCUCUAUAA